AUUAUUGUGUACAGAUUGCCCUGGACCUGGAAGUGCAGUAAACUCCUAAUGAAGUUCAUACAUGCUGGAUUAAACACCAUAGCUAUGAUUCUUGCAAUUGUUUCUAUGGUAGCUGUGUUUGAAUUCCACAAUGCCAAGAAUAUUCCUAACAUGUACAGUCUGCACAGCUGGAUUGGGCUGACUGCUGUUAUAUUUUAUUCUCUACAGGUCAGAAUCUAACUGUAUUUAUAAACAGGUUUCUUUCUGCUCCCAUUUGCUCCAGUUCAUCUCCGCGUAGCUCUCAUGCCAAUGCACGUUUAUUCGGGUCUUACCAUCUUUGCAACAGUGAUUGCAACAGCUCUCAUGGGAAUCACAGAAAAGCUUAUAUUUGCAUUGAAAAAUCCUGCAUACAGUACAUCCCCACCAGAAGCAACUUUAGUGAACUGUCUUGGUCUUCUGCUUGUCAUUUUUGGUUCACUUAUUUUGUGGAUGGCAAGCAGGCCCCACUGGAAGCGGCCCCCAGCAGAGAAUGCUAAAAUUCUGAGGCCCAUUGGAGCAACUUUUGAAGACACAGAAGUAGAAUCCACAAUGACAAACAGCAGUAAUGCAGAUAAGUCUGAUCUGAGGAGCAAUACUGAAGCAGCCAGGAAACAAAACAUCAAAUUUGAUGAAGCAGGACAAAGAUCAACUAUGUAAAGAAAAUACACAGAAUAAAAGUACUAUUAUACCUCCAAAUUCCCCCUGGUGAGGGUCCUUCUAGUUUAGUUAUAUUGAUAUGUAAGUAGGUGGGGGUUCAUUUUUAGUAUGGCUUGCUGAAAGAUACUCAAGUUUUCUGCAUAUUGAUUUAAAUUCCUGUUAAGUCCCAAACUUAUUUUAUUGACUAGUCCAUGCCUUGUCUACAAAAACAAGAGCAUGAAUGACAUCACAUAACUGGAAACUGUUUUCCAUAUCACUUCUUAAUUUAAUGCUUAUAUCUCUUAUAGUCAUGAAAAAUUUAACAUGAUUCAGACUAAAUUUUGCUCUUGAGUGAUUUUGCAGGUUAUGAAUCAGCCAUGAAGUAUACCAGAUGGAAUAAUUCAGUUUGUCACACAUAAAUUUUCUGGUAAUGUUCUUUUAAGCAUCAUAAACUUGUUUUUAAACUUUUUUAAAGCUCUAAUUUCUCUAGCUGAUUAACCCCCUCAUCAGCUGCUAUUUUCUUUGGGAUUUGAGGUCAUUCCGCACUUUACAAAGUUGCUUCAUAAGAAUGUUUAUUCUAAAAAUUUUAAUUAAAAAAAAGAAUUUAAAAGUUUGCUUGAUAUGUUCAUAAAAUGUUAUGUUUCCUUUAGAAACUUCUGGGGGUUUUUGGUCUUGUUUUUUUAAAAUCAGAAUGUAUCUGUUGACCUUUUAACAAAUUCUACCAAAUAUAUUGUAUACAGACAAUAUUUGGCUUUGAAUUACGUGCAAUUAUUACUGAAAUCUAAGAAAAUUUUAAGACACCCAAAUGCAGAAUUUAUCUUAUUUGAAAAGCUAUAGAAACACACUUAGAAAAGUGUAUCACUUAAACUAAGUCUUCCUUUUAUCCCAGAAGGCAGCAUUUUAGUGUCUUUAUUUGAUUGCACAGUUCUGUUGAUUUAUGAUACUAGACUAGAAAUUAGGAGGUUAGAAACCAUAAAAAUCUGCUAUCAGACUCACAGAAAAAAAAUUAGCUUCAAGUCGGAAAUGCUUUCUCCAAAAGACACAGGUGAGCUUUUCUGUUUUAAUAAAAUGCUACCUGUUAACUGAAAGCCAAUUUGGGUAUCUCCACACUGACAACAAAAGCAUUGUUAUCAUGGGCUUGAAGACAUGCUUUAGUCUAUAAGCAAUCUAUACAAACUCUAUGACUUUUUCAUUUGAAAUUACAGUUCUAAUAAUGCAAUUUUCUUUAAAUAAUAAAGAGUCCCUACUAGCACUUUACUAUUAUAGCUCUUUCUUGUAAUUGAAGUAUUAAUGUAUCAUGCUCAUUCAUUAAUUUCACAGAUACAAACAAUAUUUAUACUUUUACUACUAUGUAAGAAUAAUUAUAGUAGAUUAUUUGGACUGCUCAUGUCCAAAAUGAUAAGCCAUUCUAUUAUCUCUUAUAAAAGCUGCAGAGCCCACUAGAAAUACAAAUUUACCGCUGUUCAUGUUGGAAUAUAGACAGUUUCAGACAGCAUAUAAUUUCCUAUUUUUUAAAUACUACAUAAAUUUUUAUCUACUUCAGCUUUUAAAAACAUUUAUAUAUUACCCUUCAACAAAUGUGCCAUUUUUGUAGUUCACUGUGUGUAAGAACAAACUAUUUUGGACAUGAGUUAUUUUGGGUUGUCUCUGACAAGAAGCAUCUCAGUUCCUGUUAUUUGAUUUGUUAUAAUAUUUUAUUAUUUGGUGAAUGCAGUACAGAAAGCUAGCAUAAUAAAAUAUUUUUAAAACUUCUGUACAAUUUGGUACUCAAGGACUACAUCCCAGAGCUCCAUGUUUUCACUCAUAGGUUUGUGGAUGACUGGGUCCAACCUCACAUUGGUGUAUUUUUCCACUGUAGAAAAUACCUGCUUUUAAUGUACAAUUCAGGUAUGUCAGAAGGAACACUAACCUAAACUACUAAACUACUGCGUGAGCACUCCUCCAGUCCCACUGUGUGCAAUGAAUCAAACAGUGAAGCAUGACAGGGGAAGUGAAUAAAUGAGUUCACUUGCAGUAAUUUACUAUGCAGCUUUCUAUACUGCACUCACACAGGCAACAGCAUUUUAAAUUGUUAUGUAUUGGCCUGUUACUGUGUCUCAUCCACCUGUGAAAAUGAGCUUGCUCAAUCCUUGCAUAGUACUAGGUCACAUAAUAAAAGCAUAUGUUUGUAUGGAAGGCAGUCAGCUGCCUAGGGAUUGUUCUGGAAGAAACUACAUUGUACAUUGUACUAGAAAAAACACAAAAUCUAUUACUUCUUUUGUUACAGCACUGAGUUGAAUGUAUUGAAAUAAACAACUUUUAGGUGGUUGGUUCUAUA